AUGGAGGGUGAUGGAAAAAAAAUGACACUCAAACCCAUCAGAAUAAUAUCAAAGAAUAUAGAUGAAAAUGGAGGCGGAGAAGAAGCAAUAUUAUUAAGUCCGAUUACUCGAAUGUUUCAUGAGCCUGGAUACAAAUUUUACAUCUUAGCCAUCAUGGGAUGGAAAGUACCAAUUGAUGUUGACUCCAUCAAGGCUGAAUUACAAAGAAAGAUGCUUAAACACCCACGCUUUUCCAGUUUGCAGGUUAUGGACAAGUUAAGUCAUGAUGGCAAGGGAGAAAUGAGAUGGGUUCCCACAACAGUGAAUAUAGAUGAUCAUAUCAUAUUGCCCCAAAUCGCCCAUAAUAAUAUGGACGAUGCAGACAAGUUGGUCCAACAGUAUAUAUCUAACCUAAGCACAACAACUAUUGACAUGUCGAAACCUCUGUGGGAUUUUCACGUCCUUAACAUGAAAACCUCACGAGCCGAAGCAACUUGUAUUUUCCGUUUUCAUCAUUCUCUUGGAGAUGGAGUUGCCCUCAUUUCCUUCUUACUCUCUUGUUUUCGGACAACCUCAGAUCCUACUUCUCUACCCACAAUCCCAGUUUCUUCUUCUAAAGGCAAGUCCAAUUUAUCAAUUAGCAAUAGUAGAAAUAAAAUUCUGUCAUUGUUGUGGAAGUACCUCGUAAAGUUAUGGUUAUUUAUCAAACUUUUGUUCAACACAAUUAUAGAUCUUUUCCUCAUUACAUUUGGCUCUAGAGUUGCGAAAACAUUUGUUGGAAAAGUCGUGUCCCAAACAACACUAAUUUUUUCAAACGUAGCCGGUCCUCUUGAACAAGUUUCUUUGGCAGGCCAUCCAUUGACAUUCCUUGCACCAACAUGUUCAGGACAUCUCACUUUAACAUUUGUUGUAGCAGUUGAUGAAGGAUUAUUAAUUCCAGAUCCUAGCCAGCUUGGCGAUGAUUUUGUCGAUUCAUUUAUGCUAAUCAAAGAAGUUGCUCUCACAAAAUUGAGAACCAAUACUGAUGUUUAG